UGAGCUCGCCCACUGCGUCCCCACCACCCAUACACGCCGAAGCCCCACGAGAGGGAAAGCACGCUACUGCUACUCGUCACCGCAGCGCACGCCACUAGACUAGCUAGAGCUAGCUGGCUACGCUACUCUACUCUCCCCUCCCUCUCAUUAGUCAAUACUGUAGCUGUAGUAGUGGUAGCACCCAACACCUCGCCAUUAAAGAAACUUGAGCUCGCCAAGUGGAGAAAGGAGAGGUGGAGGAGAGGAGGGGAGGGGAGGGGAGGUGAGGGACGGAGCUGGUGGGUAUGACGUCCGGGGCGGCGGCGGCGGGGAGGACGCCGACGUGGAAGGAGAGGGAGAACAACAAGAGGCGGGAGCGGCGGCGGCGUGCCAUCGCCGCCAAGAUCUUCACGGGGCUCCGGGCGCUCGGGAACUACAACCUCCCCAAGCACUGCGACAACAACGAGGUGCUCAAGGCGCUCUGCCGCGAGGCCGGCUGGGUUGUCGAGGACGACGGCACCACCUACCGCAAGGGAUGUAAGCCGCCGCCAUCGUCGGCUGGGGGAGCGUCGGUGGGGAUGAGCCCCUGCUCGUCAACGCAGCUGCUGAGCGCGCCGUCGUCGUCGUUCCCGAGCCCGGUGCCGUCGUACCACGCGAGCCCGGCGUCGUCGAGCUUCCCGAGCCCCAGCCGGAUCGACAACCCGAGCGCCUCCUGCCUCCUCCCGUUCCUCCGGGGGCUCCCCAACCUCCCGCCGCUCCGCGUCUCCAGCAGCGCGCCCGUCACGCCGCCGCUCUCGUCGCCGACGGCGUCGCGGCCGCCCAAGAUCAGGAAGCCGGACUGGGACGUCGACCCGUUCCGGCACCCCUUCUUCGCGGUCUCCGCGCCGGCGAGCCCCACCCGCGGCCGCCGCCUCGAGCACCCGGACACGAUACCGGAGUGCGACGAGUCCGACGUCUCCACGGUGGACUCCGGCCGGUGGAUCAGCUUCCAGAUGGCCACGACGGCGCCGACGUCGCCCACCUACAACCUCGUCAACCCGGGCGCCUCCACCUCCAACUCCAUGGAGAUAGAAGGGACGGCCGGCCGAGGCGGCGCGGAGUUCGAGUUCGACAAGGGGAGGGUGACGCCAUGGGAGGGCGAGAGGAUCCACGAGGUCGCCGCCGAGGAGCUCGAGCUCACGCUCGGCGUCGGCGCGAAAUGACGGCCAUUAUUGCCGAGCAAAAAAGAUGGUUCCUUUCGUGGACCUCGAGCACCAGCUGAUCAUGGUUGUUGUUAGAUCAGUACUGGUCAAUGUGUAUGAUCAUGACUACGCAUCGAUGCUGCGAUUUGGGCGAUUUCAUUCUAGCCUUAGGUUAAUCUUGUUGUUCAAUUCAUUCUUCCUGGACUUGGGAAAAAGGAAGCAGGGAAAAAUUGUUCAUCACGGCUGAUUUUAUUCACGGCUUCACUGUUCAUCUC